AUGGAGGUCGCCACGCACAAUGUAACGAUCGGUGCGCGGGUUGAGACGCCUGUCUCCCCGCCGACAACUCCAGAUCUCUCUCACCACGACGCAAUUCCCAUGGACAUUGGACAGACCCACGGCACAGGAGCAUGGGCCGACGACGUUGAGGAAGAGACGCCCUCUCCUCCAGAUGAGUUGCCUCCGCCGGACGAGGCUGCCUAUCUAGGUGGGAACCAUCCUCCACCUCCCCCUCCCCAUCCCCAUCCACCUCCACCUCCACCUCCUCCUCCACCUCCACCUCCUCCUCCACCUCCACCUCCACCUCCACCUCCACCUCCACCUCCACCUCCACCUCCACCUCCAUGUACUGAAGCACCUCCACCUCCACCUCCAACUCCACCUCCACCUCCACCACCUCCACCUCCCCCUCCACCUCCCCCUCCUCCUCCACCGCCACCCCCACCUCCAUUUGCACCUCCACCUCCACCUCCAUUAUCUCCGCCACCUCCACCUCCACCUCCAAAUGAAUCUUCACUUCCACCCACAAUGCCACCUAUACCCCCACCUACAACUCCCCCUCCACCUCCAACCCCACCUCCUACUCCACCUCCACCUCCACCUACACCUCCAACUCCACCACUACCUCCAAUCCCUCCUCCACCUCCGCCUCCACCUCCAAAUCCACCUCCACCUCCAACUAUACCUCCACCUCCACCUCCCCAACCACCUCCUCCUGCAACUCCCCCUCCACCUCCACCACCGCCUCCACCUCCACCACCACCUCCACCUCCCCCUCCACCUCCACCUGCAGAUCCCCAACCACCUCCACCUCCACCUCCACCUCCACCUCCACCUCCACCUCCACCUCCACCUCCACCUCCACCACCACCACCUCCAACUCCACCUCCAACUCCACCACCAACUCCACCUCCACCUCCAACUCCGCCACCAACUCCACCUCCACCUCCAACCCCACCUCCACCUCCAACUCCACCUCCACUUCCACCUCCAACUCCACCGCUGCCUCCAACCACACCUCCACCUCCACCUCCUACUCCACCUCCACCUACAACUCCACCACCACCUCCACCUACAACUAUACUUCCACCUCCACCUCCACCUACAACUCCUCCUCCACCUCCAAUUCCACCUCCAACUCCACCUCCACCUGCACCUCCACUUCCACCUCCAACUCCACCACCAUCUCCACCUGCACCUCCAACUCCACCUCCACCUGCACCUCCACUUCCGCCUCCAACUCCACCACCAUCUCCACCUGCACCUCCACCUCCAACUCCACCUCCAUCUCCUCCUGGAACUUCACAUUCACAUGCAUCAUGUCCUGGAGCACCUUCUUCAGGUGGAUGUUUCUUGUCCAGUGGAACUAGCACCCCUGUAAAAAUAUACAAAUUAAAGGAUAUAGAAACAGGGUUGCUGAGUGCUGCGUCCUCAUUGCUGACACAUCACCGCUCCCUGUUGCCACAUCGCACCUCGCUGGUAGCCAGUGGCGUUGUUGCAUUUAUGCUGCAGCCUCGCUGCUCGCUGUCCACCAGGAGAAAUUCCGAGCAGCUGUCCACACACUCAGCAGGGUGCUAA